AUGGUGCUGGGUUGCGGGCUGGUCGGCCGCCGCAGCCUCGCACUCCUGGGAGCCUGCGCUCGCCGCGGCCUGGGCCCGGUCCUGCUCGGAGUCUUCGUCCGUCACUCCGGCUCCAGGAAGAGUGCGGUGGUCGAUCAGGCCGACAUGAGGGUGGAGCUGCUUCCCGCCCUGACCGACAACUACAUGUACCUGGUCAUCGACGACGACACCAGGGAGGCUGCCAUUGUGGACCCGGUGCAGCCCCAGAAGGUCGUGGAAACGGUGAAGAAGUAUGGUGUGAAACUGACCACCGUGCUCACCACGCACCACCACUGGGACCAUGCUGGUGGGAAUGAGAAGCUGGUCAAGCUGGAACCGGGCUUGAAGGUGUAUGGCGGUGACGACCGCAUCGGGGCCCUGACUAACAAGGUCACACACCUGUCCACGCUGCAGGUGGGCUCUCUCAACGUGAAGUGCUUGUCAACACCCUGCCACACCUCUGGGCACAUCUGCUACUUUGUGAGCAAGCCUGGCAGCUCGGAGCCUCCUGCUGUGUUCACAGGUGACACCUUGUUCGUGGCCGGCUGUGGGAAGUUCUAUGAGGGGACUGCGGACGAGAUGUACAAGGCCCUGCUUGAAGUCCUGGGCCGGCUCCCCCCAGACACGAAGGUGUACUGUGGCCACGAGUAUACCAUCAACAACCUCAAGUUCGCCCGCCACGUGGAGCCCCACAACACUGCCAUUCAGGAGAAACUGGCCUGGGCCAAGGAGAAGUAUGGGAUCGGGGAGCCCACGGUGCCGUCCACCAUCGCCGAGGAGUUCACCUACAACCCCUUCAUGAGAGUGAGGGAGAAGACGGUGCAGCAGCACGCGGGCGAGACGGACCCCGUGACCACCAUGAGGGCCAUCCGCAAAGAGAAGGACCAGUUCAAGGUGCCGCGGGACUGA